AUGGCGCCCAAGGCCCCCAAGUUCGAGCUCAAGACCCCCAAGGGCACCAAGGACUGGGAGGGCAAGGACAUGGUCAUUCGCGACAAGAUCUUCAACACCAUCACCGAAGUCUUCAAGCGCCACGGUGGUGUCACCAUUGACACGCCCGUUUUCGAGCUCAAAGAGAUCCUCUCUGGCAAGUAUGGCGAGGACAGCAAGCUCAUUUACGAUCUCGCCGACCAGGGCGGAGAGCUUUGCAGUCUGCGAUACGACUUGACCGUCCCCUUUGCCAGGUGGCUCGCCAUGAACAAGGACGUGCAACAGAUCAAGAGAUACCACAUUGCCAAGGUGUACAGGAGAGACCAGCCCGCCAUGACAAAGGGCCGUAUGCGAGAGUUUUACCAGUGCGAUUUCGACAUUGCCGGCGCCCUCUUCGAUCCCAUGCUCCCCGACGCCGAGGUCAUCCGCAUCAUCAACGAGGUCUUUGAGGCUCUCGGCUGGUCGGGCACCUUUACCAUCAAGCUCAACCACCGCAAGAUCCUCGACGGUAUCUUUGAGGUCUGCGGCGUGCCCGAGGACAAGAUCCGCACCAUUUCAUCGGCAGUAGACAAGCUCGACAAGCUGCCCUGGGCCGACGUGAGGAAGGAAAUGACCGAGGAGAAGGGCCUGGACGCCGAGGUCGCAGACCGCAUCGGGGAGUGGGUUACCCUCAAGGGCCAGCGAGACCUGCUGGAGAAGCUGCGCGCCGACGAGAAGCUCGCUGCCAAUGCGUCAAUGAAGCAGGGUAUGGAUGAUCUCGAGCUGCUCUUCAACUACCUGGAAUACUUUAACGCGCUCGACACGGUGUCCUUUGACCUGAGCUUGGCCCGUGGCUUGGACUACUACACUGGUGUCAUCUACGAAGUCGUCACAGAAGGCUCGGCUCCUUCGCAAACCCCGGCGGCCGAGGAGGUACAGCCCGCCCCCAAGAAGAAGGGCAAGAAGGCAUCGACAGACCCGGAUGACGACCGCUCCAACGACCCCUCUAUUGGCGUUGGUAGCGUCGCUGCCGGCGGUAGAUACGACAACCUCGUCGGCAUGUUUUCGGGCAAGAACCAGGUCCCCUGCGUCGGUAUCUCUUUUGGCGUGGACCGGAUAUUCUCCAUUACCAAGGCGCGCAUGGAGGCAGAUAAGAACGCUGCCGCCGUGCGGCGCAACGAGGUCGAUGUCUAUGUCAUGGCUUUUGGUGGCUCGGGCUUCAAGGGUCUGCUCAAGGAGCGCAUGUCCGUCUGUGCGUCACUAUGGGAGGCCGGUAUCAAGGCCGAGUUCCUCUACAAAGUCAAGCCCAAGCUGCAAAACCAAUUCAAGGCUGCCGAGAACAAUGGUGUUCCAUUUGCCAUUGUCCUCGGAGAGGAUGAGUUGGCCAAGGGUCAGGUCAAGAUCAAGGAGAUGGGUUUGAGCGAUGGUCACCCCGAGAAGGAGGGUGUCUUGAUUAGCCUUGACAAUGUUGCCGAGGAGGUCAAGCAGAGGCUCCAGCGCAAGAAGGAGCUGGACGGCCUCACAGUCAAGGCCGAGGGUCUGCGGGUGGUUCACGGUAUCAGGGGGGAAGAGGUCACCCCGGGCGAAGCUGCCGCAGCCGUUGAGCAAGCCGCCCCGGUAGACGACGGAAAGCAACAGGAACAGCCACAGCAAUAG